GUACAAGUGUUAGAAGAGCCCCGAUUCAGGCGAAUGCAAUUUCCCUCUCUGCCAGUUUAUUCACAACCUUCGAUAACAGCGUUUGGUCACUUGAUAAUGAUUACCACAAGACGGAUUUUAUUUAUUUUAUUCGUCUGCCCACUUUGAUCAAGCUUUGCAUUUUAUUGAUCCUGAUCUACCUGAACUCAAUGGGAAGAGUCUAUCAUGUUAUAAACCUGAGCUGGUGUGGUUAUCAAUGGGUUGUGAGUGGAGAGGCCAGUCAUGGAGGGUGUAACAAAUGGAUCCACUGACCUGCCGGUGGCGGAAUGGGUCUAUCGUGGUGCAGGCAACAGAAACGUCGUCUUUGCCAAUGUGAAGGAGGGAAUGGUGUAUCGUCUGAUGAAGAGAAAGGUUACAGACAAUACAGACACAGAUGAAGAGGGGACUUCAGAACAAGAGAAAGCCCAUGAAACUUUGCUCAAUAUCGAGACAUAUGUGAACAAUGUCGUCAGGUCGAGAUUACACUUUGUCCCACCAAUGGAAGUGGUAAAACUGCCCGAUUGUCUUGUCCAGCACAUGAAUGGUGUCAUGCAAUCAAGAAAAACAGAUCAAAAUGAUCUUGGUCUUCACAUAUCUUGCCCGUACGCUCUUAGAAUUCCAGAUCUCUGCAUCUUCCAAACAACUGUCACCGAUGGCCGCCCAACGUUUUGUAUUGAGCUCAAGCCCAAGUGUGCCUGGAAUUAUAAUCUUUCAACUGUUGAAAUGCCCAUGUGUCGCUGUUGCCUCCGCCAGGUUGAUAAGGUGACUGAUGGAACAUAUCCGGCCCUAUCAGAAUAUUGUCCAACUGAUCUUUUCUCAGGAACCAAAGAACGAAUGAAUCGAGCACUUAUGUCUUUGUUAAAGACUCCACAGCAUAAGAUAAGAAUAUUCAAGGAUGGUGAUGUAGUCUAUGAUGAAAACAGCAGUUCCUUCCCCACUGGCGACCUCUGCAAACAUUUUGGAGAUGCAGGCUCGCACAACGCGAAGGAGUCAGUUGUCGAUAUCUUACGGAAGGUGCUCAUCCAUGUUAACUGUGAUACCAAUGGUGAUAAUCGUUCCAGAAGAAGAAGUUGCCACAGAUUGAAUGUGACUUGUGACAGAACUGGCUCUUGUGAUAAUACUUGUGAUGAUGAGCUCCCCGAUGGCUGUAUUUUGUCUGAUCUCUUACAUGGUGUGUUUUAUACCGGACCAGAAGACAUUCGAUUAACGUAUAAAUUGUACAAAAAACUCAGACGACAUCUUCAGGACAAUCCACAAGAUGGGACCAAUCUCUCCCCUGAAGGACCUUUCACAGACGACUGGGCUUCCAUACCAGAUGGUGUGGAGGAAGAUACACUACAGUAUGCGGCUGCCAAGGUGCGACAAUACAGAGUCUUCAAUACUAUGAGACUUUGCGCUAUAAUGAUCACCCUCCGGCCAUUAUCUCCAGAAGAAGCCAUGUCAGCGGAUGACAGUAGGGACAUUGCUUGUGACGACUAUGGAAACUACUUUGAAUUUCUACGCGGGUUCAUCGACUUGGACCCAAAGCCGUGUGCAAAACUCGAAGAGGAGUAUCAGUGGUUGAAACGACUCGCAAAGUUAAAAUACGGCUACUACAGCUCUUCAUCGAAGAAGGGUGAGAAAGUCGCGGCAGAGACCGACAGCUAGCAGUAUAUGACUUGUUGUUGGCUUGAAUCAGUCUCAGCUGUUUCACUACGGGAUGGGAUGUUCGUAGAUGGUAUUCGGUUUGCUACGGUUUUUAUAUGUAUAUCCAGGUCAAGUUUACUGAAUAUUAGAAUAUUAGAAUAGAACCUCAUUCACUGUUAACAUAUCUUGAUAUUGGCAGUAAUAUUUGACAGUCUGAAGUUGGUGAAUCUUCUUUAAAGCAUUGUUUUAGCAUGUUUCAUGCAUGAAAACAGUGGAGCAGAAACUCAAAAGAUGUCUGCAGAUAAAGUUAUUACCUUGUUGAAUAUAUUUCAAAGGGCAUAUGUAUUAAUUCCACAGAUAUUUCAUGACCAAUUCCGGUGAGCUUUUCUGGGGUGAAUUCAAAAGAGCUAAUCUGUAAAUCAUGUAUCUGAUGACUUUGUACAUUGUAGUAUCAAAUAUAGAUCUCGAUUAUCUAUAUUUGUUAAUAUUUAUAUAUGUAUGUUUAUAUUUUGACCAUGACAUUCCAUUGUACUGCUUGCAUAUGGUACAAUAGCUAGUUAAAACCCAUUGUAGUGUACAGUCUGCCGAGAAGGUUUCUUGUCAAGGUUGGUUAGUCCAAGGAUUGGGAUAAUUCUUUUUAACAUGCCAGACUGUGUGCUGGUGUUGACAGUUGACGUUAAUGGGACUACCCUUCAACUUGUUAACGUCAUUGACAGUUCAAAAAGAUGUGAUGUGUGCUAAGAAAACAAGAUUUGCCAAAAUAUAGCUAUUUCGAAGGCUUUUAGCUUUUACAUAUGAUCAAGAAGUUGUAGAGACUAGUUAGAUAAUUCCAGAUGUAAUUACUAGUAUUUUGUAAAUAGAUCCUUUCAGCACGUAGUCCGUGUACAGUUGACUUAUGUUUGUAUACAGAUAUAGAGAAUAGAAAUCAUGUUAACGAUUUGAUAAAGUCCAUUUUAUAUGUCUUUUGCCUUCUACAUUGUAUUGUACAACUUUUUGGCACUUUAUUCCUGAUAGAUACAGGGUGUAUCAUUAUCAAUACAACAGCCUCUCCUAUCAUCUACCGAAAUUUCUGUAAAAGGUAAGACUUUGCCUUGGGCAUCUGUUUUGCAAUUAUUGAUAUACGUUCCUGGGUAUGACGGUAAGUCCUGAAUUUUCACCUGAUGAGGUGUCACAUGAGGUGCUACAUGAUGGGGUCACAUUAUAACAAGAGUUACACAAAAGUAAUGGGACGAAUAGUUUUGUUUUAAUGAGGUCUACUGAAAAAUGUAUCAACCUGAAAUCCGUAAAUGGUGUUUUAACAAAUAUAUUGUAUCAUGAAGUUGUCAGUUUGCAGUAGCCCUAUUUUGCAAUCCGUCAUGUACCUUGUGUUGAUUUUAUCCCCAUGAUUAACCCUCGACUCCCACAACAUUUUUGAGUUCAGGAAAUCUUGACUGUCAGUUUUGAUUUGGGUUUUACACUGUAUCAGUUGUGCUUUAUAAUCAUGUAAUAAUCUCUUAUCUGUCCGGCAUUUUUGCGCUCAAAUUAGCGAUACUUUUAUCACACUUCCCACACACAUGCUCAGUAGGCCUAUUCGUAAAGAGAUAUUACUACUAUUGCUUAUAUACUGUUAAUUCAUUCUUAAUACAAUGUAGACAGAUCUUGUUUCUUCCAGUAUGCCUAAGUGUUGUAUAGUGUGAUAUCAGAGGUUACCUGAAAAGCCUUGAAAUAAGCUGUUGUUACACUUUUUCUACUCAAAUGAACAAUUUAAUGCAGAUAUUUGAUUAAAAAUAAUUUUUUUAAUAAAAUCAAUUUGUUAGAUAACUAAAAACAGCAACCUGCUUUUUUGAACUGAAGAAAAAACUGUUGUUACCUUCACACUUGACAAUUCAGGACUGCUUUGGUCCAGUUCUUGACAUAUCGAUCAGAAUUUGGUCCCAUACACAGUCUAUAGCCUCCCACACUAACCUAGUGAGAUGGUCCAGUCCUCUUGCCUUUAUACUAUAUAUUUCUAGUUUUCUGCAACCCAUUAUUUUGGGAUGCGCAAUAUUUUUUGCAAAAAUGUACAAAAUGUGUAGGUACAUGCCACUGUCUACCUUUGCUGCAUUGUUUUCAGUGUAAAAAAUGAUUCAUUGCAAUUAGCUAGAGGCAGAGUGUCUCGAUUGAAGUAAUGCCAGAUUUGCACUGUUCGAGUUUAACGACUUCUGUUGUGAAAUUUGUGCAGAAAAAACUGCAUGUGUAAAAACUUUCUCAGUUGUGAUAGAACUGCCCUCAAUUGGUCAACUCAGGCAUUAUCUAGAGACAUUUCUCCUUUAACAUUUCUAGUUCAGAUGAAUUUAAAAGGGUUGUAUGCUGUUAUUAAAUAAUAUCGACUUGUUGAGCAAUAAUGUUUGCGGUAUUCACCUGCAUUUUAAUGAAGUUAUCAAGAUUUUAUAUGGUAUAUUGUAGCACGGUUCUUGUAUUUGGAGCACUGUUUCUUGAUAACAGCCGAUGUAUUUUGCUAAGAUACGCAAUAAAGUAACUAUAAA